AACAAUUCUCUAAAUAAAACAAGCCCUUAAUUUGACUCUUUUUUAUCGGUAUCCCUCUAAACGGGAACCGACUUGGGCACCACGAAAGGUACGGAAACGACACACUCCUUUCAUUUCAGUAUGUGCAGCUCAAGAACAUAAUGACUUGAAUCGCUGGAGUUUUGAGCAAAAAUGUUAUUCAGACACUCUCAAAAAUUGACUAAACAUUCUUCUUCUCUUUUGAGAAAUCAUAUUCAUGGCUUGUUUUACUCAGCUUUUUCCUUUGCAUCAUCACCAACCCACGUCGUUUCUGGAGCGCCCGCUGAUGUUGCCGACGUUACUGGGGCUGCUGAUCUCGUCUUCACUACACCAGGUUCUUCCACUGUGAAGCCGCUGACUGACCCCACUCUUCUGCAGCCACGUGUCGUCAUCUAUGAUGGCGUUUGCCAUCUUUGCCACGGAGGGGUGAAGUGGGUGAUUGGAGUUGACAAGUAUAGGAAGAUCAAAUUCUGUUGUCUCCAAUCCAAAACUGCUGAACCAUACUUGGCACUGUGUGGUCUUGAUAGAGAAGAUGUUCGCCGUCGCUUUGUGUUUGUUGAAGGCCUAGGUUUAUACCACCAAGCAUCUACUGCUGCGCUGAAAGUGCUGUCGUACCUCCCAUUGCCUUACACGGCCUUAAGUGCCUUUUUAAUAAUUCCAAGGCCCCUUAGAGACGCUGUGUAUGAUUAUGUUGCCAAGCGACGCUAUAACUGGUUUGGGAAGAGUGAAGAUUGCUUAGUAUUGCAGGAAAAAGAGUUGCUAGAGCGUUUCAUUGACAGAGAUGAGAUGAUGGAUCAAAAUUGAUCAGAUUUGUGAUAUACUCUGCUGAUGCAAUCAGCUCUUUUUUGUUAACAUUGUCUUGGUUUGACAUAACUGAAAGGAUAUUAGGAUGUAGCAUUGUAAAUUCAUAAUAUUGUAGAGGUGAUACCCAGAAAGUUGAGAGAACGAGGGCUAUAUAGAGGUAUGCCUAAUUGAUUCAAUGUAGUUCCUGGUAUGCUAAGUUAAUUGAUCAUUACAUUUACUCAAAUGACUCGAUGUUGAUUUAAGAUAUUGCUCAGUAGAGUGAUUAUAACAUUUACUCAACGACUCUUUUUUGGCUGAGCCGUAUCUUGCUGGGCUGAUGUUGAUUCAAUAUAUUGCCACUU